AUGAAAAUAAGUGACAAACUUCAAGAUCCGGGCUGGAAAGACAAAGUUACAUGGAGCUAUGAGUUUUUUCCACCGAAAACAAGCACAGGUAUCCAAAAUCUAUACAAUCGUAUAGAUCGCAUGAAAGAAUGGGGAUAUCCAAUGUUCGUAGAUGUGACCUGGGGUGCUGGCGGGUCUACUUCUGAUUUGACUCCGGUGAUUAUAAAUGUUGCUCAAAAGGAUUUUCAGCUCGACACGUGCAUGCAUCUCACUUGUACAAAUAUGUCAGGCGAAAUGAUUAGAAUGGCGUUGAAGAAAGCUUACGAGUCUGGUUGUCGUAAUGUUUUGGCACUGAGAGGGGAUCCACCCAAAAAUGAAACCGAAUGGACCCAAGUGGAAGGUGGCUUUCGCUAUGCGGCAGAUUUGGUUCGAUAUAUAAAAAAGAACUAUGGAGAUGAAAUCUGCAUUGGUGUCGCUGGUUAUCCUGAAGGAUAUUCACCAGGUGACGACAUUGAUAGAAGUAUAAAUCAUUUAAAAGAAAAAGUAGAUGCUGGUGCAUCGUUUAUUGUAACGCAAAUGUUUUAUGAUGCCGAUAAUUUUGUUGAAUGGGUAAAAAAAUGCCGGGAAAAUGGUAUAUUGGUGCCCAUUUUUCCAGGCAUCAUGCCCAUUCAAGCUUGGGAUUCAUUCAUUCGAAGAGCAAAAUGGAGUGGAGUGAAAAUUCCACAACAUUUUAUGGACGCUCUUGUACCCGUAAAAGACAAUGAUGAUGAUGUUCGUGAACGUGGUGCCGAUUUAAUGGUACAGUUCUGUCAAAAAUUAAUUGAUAAUGGCAUUACCCGUCUUCAUUUUUAUACCAUGAAUUUAGAAAAGGCCGUGAAAAUGAUUAUCGAGCGACUGGGAUUGCUCGUUGAAGAACUUAAGCAAGUAACUGAAAAACCGGAAAACGAGCUGACGACAAACCGUACGGAAAUUUUCCCCAACGGCACCAAACGUGCAAACGAAGAUGUUCGUCCUAUAUUUUGGAGGACUCGUUUAGAGAGCUAUAUGUCAAGGACAGAGCAAUGGGAUGAAUUCCCUCAUGGUCGAUGGGGUGAUUCUCGUAGCCCUGCGUUUGGUGAAUUUGAUCCUUCCCGUCAUGGCCUACGUCAGUCGGCUGCUGAGAUUUUGGCUCUCUGGGGCAGUCCAAAAUCCUAUAAAGAGCUUGGUGAGCUUUUUGUAAGUUACUGCACAAAAAAACAAACCAGUUUACCCUGGAGCGACAUGCCCAUCUCGGAGGAGGCAAAAGUGAUUCAAAGUCAGCUGGAAAAUAUGAAUAGGAGAGCUUAUCUCACAAUUAAUUCCCAGCCUGCUCUAAACGGCGUUAAAAGCUCUGACCCAGUACAUGGCUGGGGUCCAACGAACGGAUAUGUAUACCAGAAGCCUUACGUUGAGUUUUUCGUACACCCUUCCUUGAUUGAGGAAUUGAAAUCCUCUCUUCACCAAAUGGGAGAUAUUUCCUACUUCUUCGUUUCUGUUUCUGGGAAACUGGAUACCAAUGCCGCAUAUGAAGUUCCCAAUGCAGUUACAUGGGGAGUAUUUCCUAAUCGAGAGGUAAUUCAACCGACUAUUGUUGAAUCUACUUCAUUCUUGGCCUGGAAAGACGAAGCGUAUUCUCUUGGUAUGGCUUGGGCUUCAGCCCAUGAUCCAAAAUCUGAAACACACAAGUUAUUGGUAUCCAUGAUGUCCAGCUGGGUGCUUUGUGUUAUUGUUGACAAUAACUAUGAACGAGGCCAAUCUUUGUUUGACAUUUUCUCAAAAUUGAGAAGCUUAGAAGAUUUCCAUCCUGAACUUUACAACGGAGUGGCUAAGUAA